UUCAUUGUGAAAAAAAUUUACAACUCUAAAAAUAAAUUGAUCUCUUGCGAAUGUGCUCGACGUUCAGUUAAUAUCGUAUGUCGUUUAAGAAGAAUAUAGCCAUUUUCUUUAUAUACAUCUCGUCGUUUUGCAUAUUAAUAUCUUUGGACUUACAUCAGUCGUCAAGUUCGGUUAAUAAAUCGGCUAACCGCACUUUUAAAUUUAAUAAUUAUGAUACAAAAAGGAAAGACUUAAAAGAGAUUGAGAUGACAAAUUUCAAUAUGUUCAAUCGGUGUCUAAAAUCGGAAAGGGGCAACAGGGAAUAUAAUAUCAACAUAGAACUAUGCAAUCUCAGGAACUUAAGUAACUUCAGUUAUUAUGAGCCUUUUUUAUUUUAUAGUUCGCCAGAACGACAUCACCAAUUUUUUCGAGAUAAUAAAACAACAUCAUCCGGCCUUUAUCAUAAACAACCGACAUCUAAGAACGUUAAAAGAAUGCUUUUAGAUUCCAACUUUACCAAGACUUCCAAUUCUUCUAUAGCAACUAAAUUCCUCAUUCGGGUAUUCAAAAACAAAACUUCACGGCGUAACUAUGCUUGGGAGUAUUACCAUCAAAACGCAUCUGACCCUAGAAUCAAAUUAGCUAUAGGAGUCAUAUUGCCAGAAAUGUACAAAUGCCCAUUUUAUUUGGACGAUCAUUAUCCUGAUACGCAGGUUAAUUUGAAUGAAAAACUCAGAAAUGGCUUAGCAGAAUAUCCAACAAAGCAGAUAAAAAUAACUCAAGCAAAAGGUUUGGGUAUAAAUCUUGACUUCUUAAAUAAUGAUAUCUUAAUUGGAGAUUUUCCAUUAAAGCAUAAAAGCGUUUUUAUGAAGGCGGACUACAAAAGAAAGUCACCAUUGGUCAAAAAAGAUAAACGUUACUCUCACUCAGAUUAUCAUUCCAUUCAUUUAGCUCUGUAUCACAUAUCCAACUAUAAAACAAUAUUAAAGGGUUAUCGAUUAACUAUCGUCUCCAAUAUAUCAAAAUGCAAAGCUGCCGAAGGCACGAAAGUAUUUUUCGAUAUGAUGUUCAAUCCACCCCCUAAACUGAUGUUGUUCGGUGGUGCCUGCACUUCAGUAACAGCUCCAAUAGCAGAAGCUUCCCCCUUUUGGAAUUUGAUUCAGGUAUCAUAUGCUGAAAUGCAUCCAAAAUUCAGUUCUCGUCAAACCUAUCCAAACUUCUACCGAACAGUUCCCAGCUUAAAUUAUUUUAACUUUGCCGGAGUACAACUACUUAAUACCUUUAACUGGACAAAAGUGGGUACACUUUUCCAGGAUGACCCUCAAUACUCUUUACCACACGACGACUUACUCAACAAACUGGAUAUUAAUAACCUAAAAAUUGCCAUGUCCAGAAGUUUUAACACCCCUGAAAAAUUGCGAGAAAUUAUUAUUGAACUUAAGAACGAAGAUAUAAGAAUAUUCGUAGCUUACUUCAACGAAACCAUGGCUCACUAUGCAUUUUGCUACAUAUACAUGGAAUCUCUUUACGGAGCCAAAUAUCAAUGGGUACUUUUAGGUGGCAUGGUCGAUAUAUGGCUGAAAGUUGAUAUUAGCCCCUUGCCAUGUUCUCGCGAUCAAAUGUUUGAAGCGUUGGAACAUAUGCUGAGGGUAGAUAUUUUACCGAUCAGUACAUCGGAGACGAAAACGAUAUCUGGAUAUACUGCCAGCGAAUAUUUAAUUCAAUACAAUAAAAUGAAGGGGAACUCCUACAGCAGAUUCCAUGGCUAUGCCUAUGAUGGGAUUUGGGCAAUAGCUUUAGCAUUAGAAUAUGUUAAUGCUAAGCUUAAAAGGCAAAACAAAGAGAUUACCUUGCUUAAUUUCAAUUAUGAUUCCCAAAUGUGGACAGAAUUAUUUAAAGAAGCUCUAAACGCUACCAAUUUUAUUGGAGUGACGGGAUUAGUGAAAUUUUAUAACGGAAAUAGGAUUGGAUUUCUGCAAAUCAAUCAAGUUCAAGAUAAAAAGGAGAUGAAGAUAGCUGAAUAUGACGGUAUCAAGGGUGGUAUAUCUUUUACCAAAGGAUUCAAUUUAUCAUGGGCAGGUAAAGGACCUCCUAUAGCCUCUCCAAAAAUCAUAUACACCACAGUUCAUAUAAACAACAUUAUGUAUAUUGUGAUAUCCAGUUUAGCUUGCAUUGGUAUCACAUUGGCUAUUUUAUUUUUAGCCAUCAAUAUUCGUUACAGAAAGCAAAGGCAUAUCAAAAUGUCCAGCCCACUAUUAAACAAUGUGAUAAUCUUUGGCGGAGUAUUAGCUUACAUCUCGAUCAUUCUAUUAGGGAUGGAUUCUUUAAACGCCCAUAAAAAUUCGUUUUCGCAUCUUUGUAUGGCUAGGGUUUGGAUAUUGUCACUAGCAUUUACAUUAGCUUUUGGGGCGAUGUUUAGCAAGACGUGGAGAGUGCAUGCAAUAUUUACCAAUGUAAAAUUAAAUAAAAAGAUAAUUCAAGAUUACAAGCUUUUCAUAAUAAUAGGGGUGCUUUUAUCAAUUGAUAUAUUCAUACUUACCCUGUGGAGUAUUAUAGAUCCUUUUUUCAAAAAGUCAGAUACUUUACCGAACAAAAUGACCAGAAUAAAUUCAGAUAUCGAAGAAUUAUUCGUUAUCGAGCACUGCACAAGUCAUUACCUCAACAUUUGGAUGGCCAUACUAUGUGCUUACAAAGGGGUUUUAAUGUUAUUCGGUUGCUUUUUAGCUUGGGAGACCAGACAUGUUACAAUACCAGCGCUGAACGAUUCCAAGUACAUAGGCAUUAGCGUUUAUAAUAUCAUGUUGCUAUGCAUAGUCGGUUCUGCAGUUUCUUUCGUACUUAAAAACGAGCAAUCAACAUCAUUUCUCCUCUUGAGCAUAUUUAUUAUGUUAGGCACUACCAUUACACUGUGCCUCGUAUUUGUUCCUAAACUAAUUCAAUUGAAAACCCUUUACAAUUGUGGUGGAUUGAACGAAAAGAAUUCCUCAGAUCGACCACACUUCAAAGAAAAGGACAAAUAUCACGAUUUUCGCAAAAGAAUUACAAAAAUAGUUGAAGAAAAACAUAAAAACAAAAGAUUAUUGGAAGAAAAAACAAAGAAUCUAAUCGAAAUCAUGACGCAACUAGGCAUGGAAGUAACAGACAAAGAAUCUCCCAAGCUCUCAUCAGACAUAUCGUCACAAGAAUGUUCUUCAUUAUCCAAUAUCUUGCAAGAUGAUCUCUGGCAGGUGCAAAUAAACGGGAAAAAGAUUUUUGUCCAAGCCAAACCAUCAAAGCUUUCAUCAAUCACAGAAUUUACAGAAGCCUUCGAGCUAACUGACUUAAACGAAACAGAUUAAUAUAGACUAUUCGAU